UUUGACCGUUGCUUUAAUCUUUUUUUUUUCCACAACGUCUCUCUCUCUCUCUUUGCCCUCUGAUCAGGCCCCCAAAAAAUCAAAACAAAACAGAGCAAAGCAAAAAAACUUCAUCUUAUUCCCGCCUACAUUUCUUCCCAGUUUGGGGAUAAUCCGUUGGAAUCUGGUUGGAAAUAUUCGGGAACACGUUUUUAGCUUUGGGUUUCCGUUCACAUUGUUGAACUGAUACGUAAAAGAGCGGAUCAUGGGAUGUUCUACAUCGAAAUUAGACGAUGAAGAGGCGGUUCAGCUUUGUAAAGAUAGGAAGAAUUUCAUUAAGCAAGCAGUAGAGCAAAGAACAAGAUUUGCUACAGGGCAUUUAGCUUAUAUUCAAUCCUUAAAACGAGUUUCGGCAGCUCUUCGGGAUUAUGUCGAAGGAGAUGAGUGUCAUGAGUUCUUGUUAGAUUCGUUUAUAACCCCCCCUUUUACGCCUGUUAAGAAAGGGAGUCCCGGUUUCAUAUCGAUUCAAUCUAAUCCUAAGUCCACAUUGAAGGUGAGUUAUUUGAGAUCAGGUGGUAACCCUGCUGUUGCGGUUGAGGAGAGACCUCAAUCGCCCGAAACUGUUCGGGUUCAAGCUUACUCUCCAGUGCAUCAUUAUGGCAUGGAUGGUAUUUUCGCAAUGCAAUCUUCUCCAAUGAAUAAUUCCUCGUUUUUUACUUAUUCUCCGAACAAUAGGCCAAAUAUACAUCCCCCUUCACCUCAAUCGGCGCAAUGGGACUUUUUUUGGAAUCCGUUUUCGUCUUUAGAUUACUACGGUUAUCCCAACCGAAGUAGUCUCGAUCAGGCAGUCAUGGACGAUGAUGUUAGAGGACUAAGGCAGGUAAGGGAAGAAGAAGGAAUUCCCGAUUUAGAAGAAGAUGAAACUGAACAUGAAGAAUCCGAAAGUAAGGUGAAUUCGGUAGAAGAGAAGGCUAAAAUACAUACAAACUAUAAUAGAGAAGAAGUUACGGUUGAGGAUGUUGAUGAGGAUGACGAGGAUGAGGAGGAAAUAGAUAUGGCCGAAACCGAGCACGAUGUAAAAGAUGUACAGCCACAACGGAAAGUGAGUGUAGAAGUAGUACGAUCACAAACUGCUGGACAAGUAGAAGUUAGUAACAAAGAAACGGUAGUUGGAAGUAGCGAAGCUAAAGAAGAAACACCCGGUUUUACGGUUUAUGUAAACCAAAGGCCAACGAGUAUGGCGGAAGUUAUCAAUGAUCUCGAUGCUCAAUUCAUGGUAGCUUGUGAUGCAGCGAGUGAAGUGUCGGGAAUGUUAGAGGCUAGUAGAGCUCAGUACUCAUCGACCUCGAAUGAGCUUACAGGCAUGAAAAUGUUGAAUCCGGUAGCUUUGUUGCGGUCUGCUUCAUCACGGUCGUCCUCGUCGAGAUUCUUAAUGAAUUCUUCGAGUUCCCGAGAGGCAGGUUAUGAAAGCAGCAGCUCCGUAUCUGAAGAAUCCUGCAUGUUCCAUGGUAGUCACCAAUCGACAUUGGAUCGAUUGUAUGCCUGGGAGAAGAAACUUUACGAGGAAGUCAAGUCCGGAGAAAAGACUCGAAUUGCUUACGAGAAGAAAAGUAGGCAGCUGAGGAACCAAGAUGUAAAGGGUGAUGACCCGUCCGUAGUAGAUAAAACGAGAGCAGCAAUUAGGGAUCUGCACACACAGAUGAAGGUUUCAAUACAUUCAGUUGAAGCUAUUUCGAAGAGAAUUGAAACUCUAAGGGACGAGGAGUUGCAACCGCAACUUCUGGAAUUGGUGCACGGGUUAGCUAGGAUGUGGAAAGUGAUGGUGGAGUGUCACCAGGCUCAAAAACGGACCUUAGAUGAAGCUAAGCUUUUACUAGCCGGAGCACCUUCGAAGCUGGAAGCAAAACGACAGUCUUCUAUCUCAGCUGCUGCAAAUCUCGAAGCCGAGUUAAGGAAUUGGAGAGCUUGUUUCGAGUCUUGGAUCGUUUCUCAACGGUCCUAUUUACGUGCUUUAAGUGGUUGGCUCCUCCGUUGUUUGAGGUCAGACCCUGAUACAUCCAAGUUACCGUUUUCCCCUCGCCGGUCCAGUGGGACACUCGUAAUAUUCGGACUUUGCAUCCAAUGGUCAAGGUUCCUUGAUGCAACUCGUGAGACACCAGUCCUCGACGGGAUAGAUUUUUUUGCAGCGGGAAUGGGGUCACUCUAUUCACAACAGCUAAGAGAGGAGUCUCGAGUCGGGUCUAAGAGGUUUGCAUCAGGGGAAAAUAUGGAGUUGGUAAAUAUUGAUGAAGUCGGAGAUGUUAUGACGACGGAGAAAUUAAGCGAUGUUGCUGUAAGGGUACUUUGUGCCGGAAUGUCUGUUGCGAUGAGUUCACUAAGCGAGUUUGCGAUCAGUUCAGCUGAUGGCUAUGCUGAACUUGUAUCUAAGUUGCCACAAACUUCAAAUGGUUCCAGGAUGUGAUUGAAUUUUGUGCUACGAGAAUGAAUGUAAGUAGAAAUGUUGUGUAACCCCUAUCACAAGGUAGCCGGGACCGAACUCGAUCUCAGCCAACAUGAACAAGCAAAAGAGAAUUCUUCAAAGCCUUGCAAGGGAUAGGGGGGAAUAUGCAAUAGUCAAAAGAUUUUUAAGGAGUUUUUUUUAUAACUUAAUGUAAAUGCAGUUAGUAUGGUUAACAAAUAUAUACACAUUGCAAUGAUUUUUGUGCAA